AUGGUUAUCAUCAUCUUCUAAAUGUUCACAAACAAACACUUGCUAUUAAAUUUUCACCAUCUUCCACCUCCACCUCCAACUGCUAUAGACAGCUAUUUUCCACCUGUUUCUCUCUCUCUCUAUCGGUCUCUCUAUCAUUCCCAGAAAACAAUAAAUCACAAGAAACCCAGAAAGUGAAACGGAAAUCGACGCCAUUGUUGCUCUCACAGAGAAUUCUGCAGCGUCAAUUCAUGGGUUCUUCUGCUUCCAAAACCGUUGCUUCUGCGUCUUCUUUUUCGUCUUCCUCUUCUUCUGCUUCGUCGGUUUCACCAUCGGCGGCGAAAUCCUGCUCCCAUUGUCCGUCGCCGGUUCCGAGGGCUUUCUCCUUCCCGACGCCGUUGGUUCAUCACCCUCCAGCGAGGAAAGGCGACACUCACCACCUCGUCUCCCUCACAUCCACCACUUAUGGGUCUCUUCUCCUCGUCGAUCUCGACGGCGGAACAGACUCUUCCGACCGGCAGAAAUUUCCGCCGUCGCAAAUCUCCAUUGCCGCUAAGAAGACACUGGACCCGGGCCCGCGCGACUCGCUGUCCCCUGACUCGGUUAUAAACACAUGGGAGCUCAUGGAUGGGCUGGACGACGAGCUAGAAUUCGAGAAUUCCGAUCUGGGUAAGUGUAAUUCCGGCGGAAAUUUUAAGGUUUGCCCUACACCCAUUUCGAAUCAGGGCGUAGGUUUGAAUGGGUCUGCGUUGAAAUUGGACGAAUCUUACGAGUUUGUGAGGAUGGAAGAUGAGGAUGACUGGGUUCCAUUGUCUUAUAAAACCAAGCAACCUUUAUGGAAGCAUUUGUCUGAAGAGUCAUUUCUGUCUGAUUUGGAUCCUGGUGUUGUUUCCACUUACAAGAAAGCGCUGUCUUCGAAGCAAUUAGGCAACAACAGUAACAAUGUCGCCAAAAACCUUCACAGGAGCUCCAAGUCUCUCUCUUACAGCCCAUCGAAUCCAUCCAUCCUAAUCAGCAAACCAAAGUCUCUGUCUUCAAGUCCUCCAGCUCCAAGCUGCCAGAUUCUGGUAGACAAAUCAUCAAGAUUGCCAGGCGCAGAAGACAAAGUCGUGUUGUACUUCACAACCCUCCGGGGAAUUCGAAAGACAUACGAGGAUUGCUGUUGCGUUAGAACGAUACUGAGAAGCUUUCAGGUCGCCAUUGACGAACGUGACAUCUCCAUGGAUUCCACAUUCAGGAAAGAACUGCAGAAUGCGCUUGGAGCCGAGAAACCAGUUAGUUUGCCUCAGGUGUUCAUACAAGGAACACACAUUGGUGGUGUUGAUGAGGUCAAACAGCUCAACGACGACGGCGAACUGGCAGAGAUGGUAAAAGGGUUGCCUGCUCGCGAUUGUGUGGGAGCUUGCAAGAGCUGUGGGGACGCUCGGUUCCUGCUGUGCUCAAAUUGCGGGGGCAGCACCAAGGUGUUUCGGCAACAAGACAACGAGUUCAAGCGAUGUCCUGACUGCAACGAGAAUGGUUUGGUACGUUGUCUCGGGUGUUGCCUCUGAUGAUCAGACAGGACAUUUUGCAAUGCAGCAUUAUCAGUAAGCACUGGAAAAAGCCUUCACCCCCCGUGAGAAAAGACGGGAUUGGAUUCUUGGGAUUGAUUUUUGGACCCUGACAUGUUGAUGAAUCUGCUCUUCUAUUAGAUGAUGAUGAUUUUAUCUGUUUGUUCAGUGUAUCUUAAUCUCUAUGAGAGCAUAGUGAAAUAAGAAGUGGCUCAAGCUACUCUGCUCUGUUUAGUCUCUGCCUGUGUGUGUGUUGUGUUCUUUCUGAUGUUGUUCUAUGCAAUCUUGCUCUCCCUCUGUGUUCUUGAGCUUUGACAUUUUUCUUAUGGUUGCCUCUUUUAACACUUUUGUCUGAUUUUUGUUCGUUUUUUUUUUGUUUUAUAAUAUGUUCAUGUUCUAAAUUCACACCUUCGCCAUUCAAAUUUGAAAAGUGCAAGAUUUUAUUAU